AUGGAAGGCGCUCUGAUGGUCCGCCAGCUAAUAAAUGAAAGGGAUUCAAGCUUUGCUGCUGAGUUACAGGAAGAGUUAGAGGAAAAUCUUAGUCCAGUUGUGGAUGAGAAUAAUAUAGUGUCAGCUACAAAACAGGGGCCAAAUUUAUAUAACUGGAGUGGUGACUGGAGCUUUUGGAUUUCAAGUUCUGCCUAUAAAGACAGGAAUGAGGAGUAUAAAAGACAAUUCACACAUCUACCUGAUACAGAGAAGCUGAUAGCAGAUUAUGCUUGUGCUCUUCAGAGGGACAUUUUGCUUCAGGGACGACUAUACCUUUCAGAAAACUGGCUAUGUUUCUAUAGCAACAUCUUCAGAUGGGAAACUACAAUUUCUAUUGCUUUAAAGAACAUAACCUUUAUGACCAAGGAGAAGACCGCUCGACUCAUCCCAAAUGCUAUCCAGAUCUUUACAGAGGGUGAAAAGUUUUUCUUCACAUCUUUUGCUGCCAGGGAUAGAAGUUACCUCAGUAUCUUUAGGUUGUGGCAGAACGUACUGUUAGACAAGAGCUUGACCAGACAGGAAUUCUGGCAGCUGCUCCAGCAGAACUAUGGCACUGAGCUAGGCUUAAAUGCUGAAGAGAUGGAGAACUUGUCCCUGUCGAUUGAGGAUAAUGUGCAGCCAAGAAGUCCAAGAAGAAGCAGCUUGGAUGGCUGUGGGGAGAGAGAUGAAAAAUUAUCCAAGCCAAUCAGUUUUACCCGUGAAUCAACUGGUCGGGUUUCAGAAACAGAGUCAAUUGGUGGAAAUCCACAAAAAGGGGGGUUAGGGAAAGAGGAACCCCAAAGUGAGAAACAGAUCAAAAGUCCUUCACUAACUUCAGAAAAGAGGUUAAGUAGACUGUCAUCAAAAUCACUAGACUUGAAUAAAAAUGAAUAUCUUUCUUUGGACAAAAGCAGCACUUCAGAUUCUGUUGAUGAAGAAAAUAUUCCUGAGGAAGAUCUUCAUGGAAGACUUUAUAUCAACCGUGUUUUUCAUAUCAGUGCUGAGAGAAUGUUUGAAUUGCUGUUCACCAGUUCACGCUUUAUGCAGAUAUUUGCCAGUUCUAGAAAUAUAAUAGAUGUAGUAUCUACCCCUUGGAAUGUAGAACCUGGAGGUGACCAACUGAGAACCAUGACCUACACUAUAGUCCUUAAUAAUCCACUAACUGGAAAGUGCACCACGGCCACUGAAAAGCAGAGACUGUAUAAAGAAAGUCGGGAAGCACAAUUUUACUUGGUAGAUUCAGAAGUGCUGACACACGAUGUCCCCUACCAUGAUUACUUCUAUACUCUGAACAGAUACUAUAUCAUCCGAUCUUCAAAGCAGAAAUGCCGGUUGAGAGUUUCAACAGAUUUGAAAUACAGAAAACAACCAUGGGCCAUUGUCAAAUCUUUAAUUGAGAAGAAUUCCUGGAGCUCCUUGGCGGACUAUUUCAAACAGCUUGAAUCAGAUUUGUUAAUGGAAGAAUCUAUGGUAAAUCAGUCCAUUGAAGACCCUGGAAAACUUAGUGGCCUACGAAGGAGAAGGCGAACAGUCAACAGAACAGCAGAAACAGCUCCUAAACUUUCUUCUCAGCGUUCUUCUGGAGACCUGGGCUUAGAUGCCAAAGGGGGUAUUACAGGAAAGAAAAAGAAAAUUGAAAGCUAUAACACCGUCCUUAUUGUGGUGAUGAGUAUUUUUUUGCUGUUGCUGGUUUUAUUGAAUGUGACGCUGUUUCUGAAGCUGUCAAAGAUAGAGUAUGCUGCUCAGUCCUUUUACCGUCUUCACCUCCAGGAAGAGAAAUCUGUAAAUUUAGCCUCUGAUAUGGUGUCAAGAGCAGAAAAUAUUCAAAAGAGCAAAGAUCAGGCCCAUCGCUUAAAAGGAGUGCUCCGGGACUCCAUCGUGAUGCUGGAACAGUUGAAGAGCUCACUCAUUAUGCUACAGAGAACCUUUGAUCUACUAAAUAAGAACAAGACAGGCAUGGCUGUCCAAAGCUAG